GUUCACUUCCUAUUGGGACUGAAAACCAAGUGAGGAGGUGAAGGAUUGCACUGUACUAAAUCAGAGAAUACAGAGAGGAUAGACAUCACAGAUAGAUCCUGAUCAUCACCCAAGGAACAACUGCACAACUGUGGGAAGACAUCCAGUCCUUUUGCAGCACUGCUCAACACAGAGAAGGUUGGGCAUUGAAACCAUCAUUUGGAAAUUGGUUGGGUCGGGGAGCACUGACACAUCAACAGAUCUGAAACUGGUCAGUGGUGUGGCGCCUUCCAUCAGAACCAACCUUUCUGAAGUUCAUCUGUGGGUGAUCGGCAGGGUGAGGCUGGAAAGAAGUGUGAGUGGCUCCAAGUGUGGUGACAGCUUCAAUCGUUCAUUGAGCUUGAUGACUCAUUCCUACAGGUGAGAACUGGUCAGGCGCGAGAUGUGUGAGGAGGGUUCCACAGGCUCGUAAAAUUUCUUAACAAGGUGUAUCUUUUGUGCAAUAUGGAGGCGGAACCAUUCAAGUGUGACAUAUGUGGCCAGGUUUUCACAGAGUCAUCAGCACUCAAGGACCACAAACAUAUCCACUCUGGGGAAAAGCCUUUUACAUGUGAAGUAUGUGACAAAACAUGCUCUCGUAGAUCGACCCUGCUUGAACACCAACGCAUUCAUACAGGGGAGAAGCCAUUCACCUGUGAGGUUUGUGACAAAUCAUUCUCACAUUCAUCGACCCUCCGUGCGCACCAACGCAUUCACACGGGGGAGAAGCCAUUCAUGUGCAAACUGUGCAACAAAUCGUUCUCACGUAUAUCAACCCUCCUCGAACAUGAACGCAUUCACACUGGGGAAAAGCCAUUCAGAUGUGAUGUGUGCAAUAAAUUGUUCUCCCACUCAUCAUCCCUCCGUGCUCAUCAACGCACUCACAGCAGGGAGAAACCAUUCACAUGUGAAGUGUGUGACAAAUCAUUCUCUGAUUUAUCCACCUUCCGCAGACAUCAACGCAUUCACACAGGGGAGAAACCAUUCACGUGUGAUGUGUGUGAUACAUCAUUUUCACAGUCGUCAAGCCUCCGUGCACACCAACGUGUUCACACAGGGGAGAAACCAUUCACGUGUGAGGUAUGUGACAAAUCAUUUCCGCAGUUAACAUGCCUACGUGUACACCGUGCUGUGCACACAGGAGAGAAACCAUUCAAAUGUGAAGUGUGUGACAAAGCCUUCACAUGUUCAUCAAGCCUCCUGGUCCAUCAGACAACCCACACAGGGGAGAAACCCUUCAAGUGUGAAAUCUGCAAAAAAGGUUUUGCAAUAUCAACGAGGCUUCUGAAACAUCGGAGGAUUCAUACAGGGGAGAGACCCUUCAAGUGUGAGGUCUGUGACAAAACCUUUGGACAGUUAUCAACCCUCAUGCAACACCGACUUAUUCACACUGGUGAGAACACAUUCACAGGCGAGAAACCCUUCAAGUGCGAAGUUUGUGAUAAAGCUUUUCGGAUAUCUUCAAGGCUGCUGAGACAUCAGAGGAUUCACACAGGGGACAAACCAUUCAAGUGUGAGGUCUGUGAGGUGGCUUUCAGUCAAUCCUCCAAUCUCUUGACACAUCAGACAAUACACACAGGGGAGAAGCCAUUCACGUGCAAGAUGUGUGACAAAUCAUUCUCACGAUCAUCAAACCUGCGUGUACACCAACGCAUUCACACAGGAGAGAAACCAUUCACAUGUGAGGUGUGCAACAAAUCAUUUUCGCGGUCAUGGUACCUCCUGCUCCACCAGAGGAUCCACACGGGGGAGAAACCCUUCAAGUGUGAGGUUUGUGAGAAAACCUUCAGACAGUCAUCGACUCUCAUGCAACACCGACUAAUUCACAUUGAAAAGCCAUUUACAUGAAUGUAACCCUUCAAAUAUGAGGGUUAUAAUGAAACUUUGUGAUGCCUUUGACCCUCGCUUUAAUUCUUGGCUGCAACUGAUGUGCUUGUUAUUGUUGCAUCUUUGUCAAAGUUUUACUGAAGCAAUCAUCUAAAAAUAUCAUACUGUGACCAUUGAUCUGAUUGGCUUCCUUAUCAAUCCAGUGUGUAAACAUCAACUGGAUAAUGUCUCCGCUCAUCUUACAACAUGUUUGUUUCAAAUAAAAGGCAGUGGGGAAUGUUUGUAUAGGGACCCAAGACCUGAGCAAUUACUUUCAGAUAGACAAAUUUUUAAUUAGAAAAGGAUUAAAGGGUUAUGGGGAGCAGGCAGCAAGUGAAUUUGAGAGCAAGAUGAGAUCAGUCAUGAUUGUAUUAAAUGGCAGAGCAGGCUCGAUGGAAUGAAUUGCCUACUCCUAAUUUUUAUGUUCUUGUGUGGCCCUGGUAACAACUUGCAUCCUUGUUCAUGAAAUAAUACAUCCGAUGUUAAACUUGAACCUACAACCUUGUUCUCUGAGUCAGAAGGUUAUGGGUUUAAGUUUCCCUGCAUGACUAUUGUGCAAAAAGUCCUAGCUGACAUUCCAGUGCAGUAUU